AUGGUUAUUAACUAUUUACAGGAAAGAAUACAAGAAAAAACAUUUGAGAAUACAGGAUGUGAAACCGUUCAAUUGGGCUUGGACUUAAAAUCAGAAGCCACUUUCCCUCGCCAUAAUUAUAUUGACAAAUCUACAAUAAAUCAGCAGGAGUUGAUGGAUAAGUAUGGCACGGAUGUAACUUGCCACGGGUUUAUUUUAUCAACUAGCAUAGCUGUGAUAAGUCCAAAUCACACAACAGUUCAAACUUCAGCUACUCAUGGAGUUUCUAGUGUGGAAAGUACUGUCUCUUGUACAACCCAAAAAAAUCACAUGCUUCAACAGAUAAACGAACAGCCGACAGUCAGUGAUAUUCACCACUCACUAUUACUCAAAAGAAUGCUACAAGCACCAGUUGGAGUUAGCUUAAGUCACAUGGCUAACCAUCCAAUCGAAUUAGGAUCAUCUCAUAGCACCAUAUCAACCAAGACUGCAUCUGAAAGAGAUGAACAGGAGGUAUUACAAGCUAUUGCAGAGUCUUCAGGCGUAGGGAAUGCUGGAUUCAACAUAGAUUUACUUCUACAAGAAAAACCAGCUUAUAAUUUUAAAAUGAAUAAUACCUUGGAAUUGGAGCAUGGAAACGUGGCAACAGCACUCGUUACUCAAUUUUUUCACUUCGAAGUUGCAACCCUGAUGAUGUACCGAUGGAAAGGAAAAUUCGUAACAAAAAAAGUUUAUAACGCAAUGUUACAACGUCGUCAAAAUGGACUCGACAGAAGAAAAGAACGAGUACAUAAUUCUAACGAAAAGGCUGGUUGUGAUGAAACGUAUUCUGUUGACGGUAACAGAAUUGUCAAUCUUCAGUACAUGUCAAAACAAAUGGUUUGUUUAAUGUGCAAAGAAAAAUUACUUUUACAAAAUAUUGAAAAAGAGACACAGAUGGGCUUAGCUUCGAUUUUUUAUGUCCGUUGUCAGUCAUGUUUGUAUGUAAAUUCAGUCAAGAGCGGAGAAGAAUUUACAAGUCCAUUCAGUGGAAAUGCAUUAUUUUCUAUCAAUGCUCAAGCAGCAUUAGGAGCAGUUCAUAGUGGACUUGGCCAAGUGCAUUUGAGCAAACUAUGUGGAACUAUGAAUCUACCAGAUAUGUCAUCUAAUACUUUUAAGCUUCAUGAGAGAAUCGUUGGACCCGUCAUAAAGCAGGUUGCUUAA